AUGGAAGAUGAGGUAAAGAUGAUGAUAGCAGAAGCUGACUCGGACGGCGAUGGUUACGUGGACUUGUCCGAAUUUGCUGCGCUCAAUACACGUGGCGUAGACAGCGCUGCGAGCCUGCGGGAUCUUAAAGAUGCCUUCAACAUGUUCGACAUCGAUGGCAAUGGAUCCAUCUCUGCCGAUGAACUCCACAGAGUUUUAAGGAGGCUGGGAGAGACUUCCAGUUUGGAUGAGUGUAAUCACAUGAUUCGAGGCGUGGAUGCUGAUGGGGAUGGCCAGUUCAGCUUCGACGAAUUCCUUACAAUGAUGUCAAGUCCCAUUGCAGUGCAAGACAAUUAACUCUGAUCUGCGUUUCUUAACAGACUGUUGUUUGAAAUUUACCAGGAGAAAAUAUCAAGCGAAUUGCUAAAUAUCUUUGUUUGUUGUCCAAACGAGAGCAAUUUUAAAUUUUUCAUCCCUUGUUCGGCAUACAGAGGCCAAGCAAUCAGAGAAAUUCUCCAGCGUAGAAUUCCAACAAGGCUCCAGUAGAGGGGUGAGAAAGAAUCCGUACUUGAGGAGCCCAAUUAAGAAGUACCAACCCAUGGUCCCAGGUUCGACUCUCAAAGUUCUCCGGUAAAAUCUGAGAAAGUUCUGUUUCCAAGGAAGAGUUCGGUAACAAAUUUGAGAUGCACAAUAACAUUCAUUCUUUUAUUAUACCAUGGGCUAUAAAAUACUGCCCGUAUGAAAUCUCAUUUGUAUGAAUUACAAUAAUCCAAUCACAGAUUCACAAACUCAUUGGAUAUCGAUAGCCGAUGUUAAACUAACAAACACAUAAAAUUCCAAAACCCUCCAACCCUUUACAAUGUUGAACAACAACAACAAUAAAUAGAAUCACUGGACUCUAAAAUA